UCUGCCCGGCUGUCUGUCUGCCUGACUCGCAAAAAGGGGGCACACAGCACGAGAGAGAGAGAGAGGGAGAGAGAGAGGCCGGCCGUCAGCUUCAUGCAUUGCCCAACACCAACAAUAAUGCCCCCGACAUUCCAGUCUCCUUUCCACAAGGACAUCCCCGAGAACGCUGGCGAACAAGCAGAAGAAGCAAAGAGAGACGACCAAAAAAAAGAAAAAGCAGAAAAGGGGGGGAGGGCAUUUUACUUUUGCAAGAGGGAUAGCCAGCGCUGUGGUAUCUGGCGUGACGGGCAAAACGGCCUCCCCUGUGGUUAG